CACCGCUGUCCUGUGCCCGGGGUCCUCCAGGGCUCCCCCAGGUGACCCACAGGUCCACACCCACCCGGCCGGAGCAGGGGGAUGACUCUGAGAAGUUGGGUGAUCCAGAAAACCCACCGGCGGUUCUGACGGUGCUUUCACUCCAAGAGGCGCAGCAGCGGUCCCCCCUCCUCUCCAGCCAACGCCAGAAUGAUGUCCGCUAUAGAGACUGGUGCCGCCGUGUACCAGCCUGCACAGCUGCUCAACUGGGUCUACAUGUCCCUGCAGGACUCCCAGAGCAGCACGUUCGAUGCCUUCAAAGCCGAGGCGGACUCUUCCCUCCAGGACAUGAACAACUCCAAGCGCAGCGCAGCGGAUCUGAGCUCCAACUAUCUCAACAACUUCUUCCAUCUGAGGAGUGAGGCCUUGAACAACAAUUUCUACAAGAGCUCCUCGCCCUACGGGUCCCUCAACAAUAUCGUGGACGGCCUGAGUUCUCUCGCGGACCAUUUCUCCGACCUCUCCCUGUCCCCCGAGACGCGCAAACACAGCAAACGGCCGCCGCCCAACUACCUGUGCCACCUCUGCUUCAACAAAGGGCACUACAUCAAAGACUGCCCUCAGGCUCGACCCAAAGGUGAAGGCCUGACCCCGUAUCAGGGAAAGAAGAGGUGUUUCGGGGAAUACAAAUGCCCUAAAUGCAAGAGGAAGUGGAUGAGUGGGAACUCCUGGGCCAACAUGGGGCAAGAGUGCAUCAAGUGCCACAUCAACGUCUACCCUCAUAAACAGCGACCUCUGGAGAAACCGGACGGGUUGGACGUGUCGGACCAGAGCAAAGAGCAUCCCCAACACCUGUGUGAAAAAUGCAAAGUCCUUGGCUACUACUGCCGCCGUGUGCAAUAACUCUCUGCUCGACUUCCCUGGUUUGGUCCCCAAAGGGACAAUUCUACUUUAAUAACUAAAAAUACAAGGUAAUAUACUUUAUCUUACUUCAGCUCUAACGGUUUAUUCUCUGACACUGGGACUCUCGGUGUGAGAGGCUCGUCGCGAUGGAAGCCUUCUGCAGUAUCUCUCAGUGGAGACGAGUACUUUGCCUAUGCUGGGUGCUUUUGAGUAACUCAGUUAUCAUUAUGUGAAUAUUCAUUUGAAGUCCGAACUAUGAAGCCAGAAUCUUACCUUAACUGUGAAUUCAGAAACGUUAGCUCAGCGUCUGACUUCACUUGUGUUGGAGCUAAAGUCACGAGUGAAGUUUCCAAAUGAAGACUCUUUUACACAUGUUUGUAUAUUCCAGCAAUAACUUAAAAUGAUGUUUUCUGUAUAAAAUAUGCAACAAGUCUUUACUCAGAAGGAUAUGCAGUAUUAAUGUGUGUAUGCAUUAUCUGUAUUUUCAGUACUGGAGGGUACAUAAUUAUUGGGAGAUAUUUUUAAGCCAUUAGUUUUGUUUCUUAUUACACUUUAUGAAGGAUUAUAUCAGCCAACUAACAUUUAUUCUUUAUAUACUAUGUGACUACAGUUAAAACAGCUUUUGGGUCCUUUUAUUCCAAAGUUGUUAACAAAUGCAAUAUUUCAGGAACAAUGUAUUUCCUGACAAAUAGAAUAAAUUACAGCAGAUUUAUAUUUUGGCACCCGGUGCUAACAGGGCUCAGCAAAGUGCUUUUUUUUAUAGGUCAUAGGUUGUAAUGUCUCGUAUGUAACACGAUACAAAAAAGAGGAAUAAAGAUCAGAAUGUGCCAAAGAUCGUGAAGGAUUAAGUGGAAGGUUCCGUGUGCAUGUUGCUUCAGAGGGUUUUUGUAUUUCAAAUUAACGAUAAUUAAAUGGAAAAGAACCAUCAGUUGAUUAUAACUGUUUUGGGAUGUGACACGCUGUUUAAUGUGCCUUAAUGUGAGUAACCCAUGA